AUCGACAAAUAAUUUUAUAUUUUUAUGUCUGCGUGUUUUCUAUUGUAGCUUGUUAAUUUAUAUUUUGUAUUUUUAUUUAGAACAGUAUACAUCGUGUAGUCACUACUGUUUAAUUAAUUUCCGAUACUAAUGACGUUUCAACGAGUAUUAAAUUUUUUACCUUGUCUACGAUGUGUUACGUUCAAUCGAACGUUUAACACUUUCGAUAUAUUGCACAAAAAUCAAUUGGACAAAUUUAAAUAUUUCAAUAAGAGACACUUCAAUGAACAAUCGAUAUUUAAUUUAAAUACUAAUGUUCCGAAGGAUGUAAUUCUAUACAAAUCAUCUAGCGACAAAACAUACAAAAUGAUCAGCGUGUUUUCUAUAGUUCAGUUUGGUUUUUGGCUUACAGUAGCAGAUUCUUACAAUGUCUUAUUGAAUAAAGAGCCUGACAAUAAUGUAAACCAUCAGCCAAUAUCGUGGGUAGAUAAAAUCAAAUCUCGAGGAAAAAUAGCAACACUAGGCAUUCCCAUAGCCUGUUUAUGUAUGGGUACAAUGUUAAUAGCUAUAUGCUCUGUCUACACUAUGAAAUCUGUGAAAAUGUUGGUUUUGUGUAAAGGAGGCGAUCGUUUGAGUAUAACAUCUUUUGGUUUUUUCAAUAGAAAUAUAACAACAACCAUACCUCUUGAAACAGUUAGCUGUGCGGUUGGGAGAAAUUCGAGUGGUCAAAGUAUACCAUUGAAAGUCAAAGGGAAAUGGUUUCACUAUACAUUAGAUAAAAAUGGCAAAAUUUAUAAUCCCAAAUUAUUUGAUUAUACUGCGGGUUUAAGUAGGAAUGUAUAAAUAUUUUGUUAUUACUUUAUUGCAUAGUACUAUACAUUUUGUAAUUAUGAUAGGU